AUGACUCGGAAGGUGCUCCUCCGAUCUCCGGCUAUGCGUCACGAAUCGGACGAGAAAAUCGAUGCGCCGCAAGAGAGACGGCAGUUCGCGGAGGUAGCCGGUGGUUCAGCGGCGGAAUGUACGGCGAUUUGCUGUUGUUGUCCAUGGACGGUGAUGAACAUCGUGAUCUUUGCCGUGUACCGGAUGCCGGCGGGGCUUUGCCGGAAGGCGAUGAACAGAAGAAAACGACACCGUAAAAUGAAGAAGAAGUGUCUGAUUCAGCAACGAAAGGCGGUUUCUAUGGAUUUCACAGAUGGAUCGGUGGGGCCGCCACCAAUGGAGAGUGUAGAGGCCCACAAAAGGCCGAAUGACGUGGCAGAUGUCGAAGAUUUGAAGAAGUUAGAAGAGGAAAUGUGGGGCCGGUUCAAUCAGACCGGGUUUUGGAGAAGUUCUUCUCAAAGACACGAGUAA